CAUGUGGCAGCUGCUAAAAACACCAGCAGAAAAAGAUCUGUUAAAGCAUAUUUGAGUUGACCACAUUCAGCAACGUCUAAAUAAUCUGGCUGGAUUAUUUUAACGAAGGAAGAUUAUAAUACUACCAAGGUCGGCCAAAGAAUCAACAACCUGAUUGAUGAUUGUAGAUGAGCAUAAAUAAAUCCGGAAAAGAGCAACCCAGGCAAUCGGUGUGACCACAAUCAUUAGGCAAGAUGAAAUUCAAAUUCGCCGUCGAUCGUGGAGGCACGUUUACUGAUAUCAUAGCGAGAUGCCCUUCGGGCGAAAUAAAGGUCAUGAAGUUGCUCUCGGUGGAUGAGUCAUAUCCUGAUGCUCCACGGGAAGGGAUUCGUCGUAUCAUUGCUCAAGAGACUGGGGUGGACAUCAAGGGACCAGUGGACGCUUCUGCAAUUGAAUGGAUCCGAAUGGGAACCACGGUGGCAACAAAUGCAUUGCUAGAACGAAAAGGCGAAAGGAUGGCUUUACUGAUAACCUCCGGAUUUCGAGAUUUACUACACAUUGGAAAUCAAGCCCGACCAAAGAUUUUUGACCUGAGCAUAGCAAUGUUGGAGAACCUUUAUGAAGAAGUUUUAGAGAUUGACGAGCGAGUGGUCACGGACAGGACGGACUGCCAAUUGUCACCCGAGUUGAAAGAAUCCUGGAAAACCGGUACUACUCUGAACAAUGAAAAAGUUUGGAUCGCAAAAGAAAUUGAUUUGGAUUCGGUUCGUUCCUCAUUGAUUGGGUUGAAGAACAAAGGCAUCAAGUCAAUUGCCAUAUUAUUACUUCAUUCCUACUCUUAUCCUCAGCAUGAAUUGAAACUUCGGAAUCUCGCAUUAAGUCUUGGGUUCUCUCAUGUCUCACUGUCUUCUGAGGUAAUGCCAAUGAUAAGAGCUGUUCCUAGAGGUACGACCACAUCUGCAGACGCUUAUCUUACCCCUCUGAUUAAAGAAUAUCUGAACGGAUUUUCGUCUGGAUUUACGGGGUUGGGACAAUCACAAGUACUUUUUAUGAAAAGUGACGGAGGACUGACCCCCAUGGAAGAAUUUUGUGGCAGUCGUGCAAUAUUAUCGGGGCCGGCUGGAGGUGUUGUAGGCUAUUCAAAAUGCUGUUACGAUGAAUAUAAAGUUCCUGUGAUUGGGUUCGACAUGGGAGGGACUUCUACAGACGUAUCCAGAUAUGACGGGCAUUUUGAACACACAUACGAAUCCAUAACUGCUGGAGUAACUAUUCAAACCCCACAACUCGACAUCUCUACAGUGGCAGCUGGGGGUGGGUCCAAAUUAUUUUUCCGAUCUGGAAUGUUUAUCGUGGGUCCAGAAUCUGCCGGGGCGCAACCGGGACCAGUGUGUUACGACAAAGGAGGUUCUGAACUCACAAUCACGGACGCAAAUCUCGUGCUUGGAAGAAUACUUCCCGAAUUUUUUCCAAAAAUCUUUGGGCCUAAUAAUAAUAUGCCCCUAAACAAAGACAAAACUCUGGAAUUGUUCAACAAACUAACAGAUGAAAUUAACAGAUUUCUGGAAGCGCAAAAUGACGCUAAACGCAUGACUGUUCAUGAAGUCGCGAUGGGCUAUGUUCGAGUAGCAAAUGAAACGAUGUGUCGACCGAUACGAGCCAUCACACAAGGCAAAGGGUACGAUACCUCUGUUCACAUGUUGGCGUGCUUUGGAGGAGCUGGAGGGCAACAUGCUUGUGCCAUCGCUAGCUCUUUGGGGAUUUCCUCCGUCUUUGUUCCGAAAUAUGCUGGAAUUUUAAGUGCAGUUGGAAUAUUUUUGGCCGAUGUGGUAUACGAGGCUCAGGAACCUGUUGGAAAGGUUUAUAGAAAAGAAACUAUUUCGUAUUUCGACGCAAAGUUUGCUGACCUUGAAAAACACUGCACAGAACACUUGACCAAAUCUAUGAAAUUCUUUAAAGUGGAGAUUGAAAGAUUUUUACAUCUUCGUUACGAUGGAACAGAUUGUGCCUUAAUGUGCCUUCCAAAAGAUACUACAAAUUCUGAAACAACUAGCAAAUAUGGAGAUUUUAUUUCCAGUUUUGUGGAGAGGUAUAGCAAGGAAUUUGGAUUCACGAUCCAAGGACGAGAUAUCAUAGUUGACGACAUAAGAGUUCGUGCGGUUGGGCUAACUGAUAAGGAUUCUGGACAAGAUUUAGAAAUUGCUGAUUCCAAAAUACCAGACUGCAAAAUUAAAUGUGACGUUUAUUUUGACGCCGUUGGUCUUGUAGAAUCUCCAGUUUAUUUAUUAAGCGAGUUAAAAUCGGAUCAUUCUAUCCAAGGACCGGCGAUAAUCAUGGAUUCUUUGAGUACAAUUUUAAUCGAACCAGCAGCUAUUGCUGAAAUAACAAAGAAAGGGGACAUUUUAGUCCGGUUGGAAUCUUCUCUCGGUAGGCGAGUUAAAAUUGGGACAGAACUUGAUACAAUUCAACUCAGUAUAUUUUCGCAUCGAUUCAUGAGUAUUGCGGAACAAAUGGGAAGAAUUUUACAACGGACUUCUAUUUCCACAAAUAUUAAAGAAAGACUGGACUUUUCAUGUGCAAUAUUCGGCCCAGACGGGGGACUCGUCAGCAACGCACCUCAUAUUCCAGUUCACCUAGGUGCCAUGCAGGAAGCUGUGCAAUAUCAGCUUCAAACUUUGGUCGACGAUUUAAAGCCAGGCGAUGUUCUUUUGAGCAAUCAUCCCAUUGCUGGUGGGUCACACCUUCCAGAUCUGACUGUAAUAACUCCAGUCUUCCUUAAAUCAGGUGGAAAUGGGAAGCCAAUAUUUUUUGCGGCGAGUCGGGGACACCAUGCUGAUAUCGGAGGAAUUACUCCCGGCUCCAUGCCACCACAUUCAAAAUCGUUGUGGGAGGAGGGUGCCGUCUUCACAAGUUUCAAACUUGUGUCUGAGGGAACUUUUAGAGAGAAGGAAUUGAUUGAUGAGCUUAAUGCUCCAGCAAAAUACCCAGGCAGCUCUGGGACAAGAAAUUUGCAAGACAAUCUGUCAGACUUACGAGCACAAGUCGCUGCGAAUCAAAAGGGCAUCAAUUUAAUUCUGGAUUUGGUAGACGUUUAUACCUUAGAAGUUGUUCAAGCUUACAUGCUGCAUAUCCAAACUAAUGCAGAGGUAGCCGUAAGGCAAAUGUUACGAGAUUUUGGCCAAAGCUUGGGGACCAACGUUCUGGAAGCUAGUGAUUUUCUUGAUGAUGGAACUGAGAUUAAACUGACUGUGACUAUCGACAGUGAUAAGGGAAAUGCCACUUUCGAUUUUACCGGAACUGGUUAUGAAGUGUGGGGAAACCUAAAUGCACCAAGAGCUAUCACAGUGUCGGCAAUAAUCUACUGUCUUCGGUGUUUAGUAGCUCAGGAUAUCCCACUCAAUCAGGGUUGUCUUGUUCCAAUUAAAAUUAUCAACCCUCAAGGAAACAUUCUUUGUCCUUCCGAGGAUGCAGCAGUUGUUGGAGGAAACGUCUUAACUUCACAGCGUGUUGUUGAUGUCAUUCUAAAAGCUUUUCAAGCAUGUGCGGCUUCACAAGGUUGUAUGAAUAAUGUAACUUUUGGGCAUGAAACUGUUGGGUACUACGAAACCAUUGCUGGUGGGGCUGGAGCUGGACCAACAUGGCAUGGAAGAUCUGGAGUUCAUACACACAUGACCAACACUAGGAUCACUGACCCAGAAAUUUUAGAAAAGAGGUACCCAGUCAUUCUUCAACAUUUCAGUUUGGAGAGGGGAACUGGAGGAGUUGGAAAAUUCAACGGAGGAGAUGGCGUUCGCCGAGAAGUUAUGUUCCGAAGAAAUAUGACCUUAUCUGUUUUGUCUGAACGCCGUGCGUUUUCUCCGUAUGGAAUGAAAGGGGGGUCGGAUGGAUGCAAGGGGAAAAAUCUACUAAAGACUAGAAACAAAACCAUCAACCUUGGCGCAAAGACAUCAGUUCCUGUGAAGCCUGGGGACGUAUUUAUACUUCUGUCCCCCGGUGGAGGUGCCUAUGGUACUGCCGAUUAAAUCGUAGUCUGUCAAACACAUGCAUGCAUAAAUUCCUCCAAUGAAGUGAAUAAAAGUUUGAUGCAUAUAUUUAUGUAUCUGUAUAUUGAUGGACAAAUUCAUUAGUAGUAUAUCUUGAUAUUUAUUAUUUAUCAAUAAAAAUAUAGAGCAAUGA